AUGAAUAGGCCCAAAAUAUAAUCUCUGUCGAAAUGUGUAUUGCAGCGCAAGAAAACAUUUGCUUUUUCUUAUAUACAUUUUCGUUGCUUCUCAAAAUUUCUGCUUUCAGUCUUCUACCAUUGUAGUUUCUUCGUAUAGCUUGCCUAGAUCAGGGAAAGAUGAUGAAGAUUGAUUUUGGUGGUCUUGAUCCCUCCGCGCCGCUCAAGGGAAACACAGAUGAUUUGCAUAACGAGAUUUUGGCUGCACCAUCUUUUAAACUACCAAUUACUGCUGAUUUUGAUGGGUUCCAAAAAGCGGCAGUGCAGAUGGUGAAGCCUGCAAAGGGAACGACAACUCUGGCUUUUAUAUUCAAAGAAGGUGUAAUGGUUGCAGCUGAUUCCCGUGCCAGCAUGGGAGGAUAUAUAUCAUCACAAUCUGUCAAGAAAAUCAUUGAAAUAAAUCCAUACAUGCUUGGCACAAUGGCUGGAGGAGCUGCUGACUGCCAGUUUUGGCACAGAAAUCUGGGAAUUAAGUGUCGUUUACAUGAAUUGGCAAACAAGAGAAGAAUUUCUGUUGCUGGAGCUUCAAAGUUGUUGGCAAACAUUCUUUAUUCUUACCGAGGAAUGGGUUUGUCUGUUGGAACUAUGAUAGCCGGCUGGGAUGAGCAGGGUCCUGGUCUCUAUUAUGUGGACAGUGAAGGUGGACGACUUAAAGGCACUAGAUUCUCAGUUGGGUCUGGUUCACCAUAUGCUUAUGGUGUUCUGGACAAUGGAUAUCGCUUUGAUUUGUCAGUUGAGGAAGCUGCAGAGCUGGCUAGACGGGCAAUUUAUCACGCAACAUUCCGUGAUGGAGCCAGUGGUGGUGUUGCCAGCGUAUACCAUGUUGGGCCAAAUGGAUGGAAAAAGCUAUCAGGGGAUGAUGUUGGAGAGCUCCACUACAAGUACUAUCCUGUUGAACCUACAGCUGUGGAACAGGAGAUGACUGAGGUAUCCAUUGCAUGGGGGAAAGAGGAUGGGUUGUAUGCUGUAAUUUGCUUCCAAUAGUGAUGACUUUUAACCCAGUUGUUCCAUUUCUAAGAAAAAUUAGUAAAUGACUAUUGAUAAGUAAAGGUCACUUGUAUGCUUCAACUUGUCUUGUGCAUUUGAAAAGUGUUUUAUGCAGCUGCGGAUGAAUUUCUGGCUCAUAAGAUUUUGAUUUAUGCAUGUAGGAAAAUUCUUUU